AGUGAGUGUGAGUAUAAAAGCGAGAACACGGCUGUCAGUGUCUGCACUCUGAUCCGGACUGAGUAGGACAAGAGGUGGAAAAACUGAGUCAGACUGAAAAUGGCUGCAGGCAAAGCACAAAUCGGUAAACUGGCCCCAGAUUUCACAGCCAAAGCGGUGAUGCCAGAUGGAGAUUUUAAGGAUCUGAAGCUGUCGGACUACAGAGGAAAGUAUGUUGUCUUCUUCUUUUAUCCUCUGGAUUUCACUUUUGUGUGUCCGACUGAGAUCAUCGCAUUCAGUGACGCCGCCGAAGACUUCAGGAAGAUCGGCUGUGAGGUUAUCGCCGCCUCUGUCGACUCACACUUCUCACAUUUUGCCUGGUGCAACACACCACGUAAACAGGGCGGCCUGGGCAGCAUGAAGAUCCCCCUGGUCUCCGACACACGACGCACCAUCUCCACAGAUUAUGGAGUCCUGAAGGAGGAUGAGGGCAUCGCUUACAGGGGACUGUUCAUCAUUGACGGUAACGGAAUCCUGAGACAGAUCACCAUCAAUGACCUCCCAGUCGGCCGCUCUGUCGAGGAGACCUUACGUUUGGUCCAAGCCUUUCAGUUCACCGACAAACACGGAGAAGUCUGCCCUGCCGGCUGGAAACCAGGAAGUGACACCAUCAAGCCCGACGUCCAGAAAAGUAAAGACUUCUUCUCCAAGCAGUAAUAAGCCUAAAGCCAGAGUCAGAGUCUGCUGUCUGCUGUAGGAGAUUUGAUUUAGAGAUUACAUUUCCAGAGAACAAUAUUUAAGUCUGCCGCUGUGCCUGUAAAGGAGUGUUUAGGAGACGAUUUUUGUAGUUGUCAUGCUGUGUGUCCUAUUGUUUGUAGACUUAACAGUGCACUUAUGACCAAAGUACAGUAUGUCAUUGUGUAAUUAUGGUACUGUAAUGUAUGCUGGUUUCAGUCUGACUCAGCUAAGCAUCUGUUUGCUCUUCGUGUCAUUCCUUGCUUGUGGUAGACAAAAGGGACCUCACAAGAGUUUCAUCAGAGUUAAUUAACAAACAUUCCAUCUAAACUGAGAUGUUUUUUUUUUUUUUUUUUUUUUUAAUUUUACAGUGAACAAAAAAUUGACAUUUGUCUGAAUAAAGUAUUCAGUGUGUAACACA